AUGGAUAAAGAUAAGAGAAUUGAUAAGGGUUUGGUAUUGCCUACCUUGUUGGACUAUAAAGUGAUGGAGGAUUUUAGGCGCACACUGUUAAAGAGACCAUAUGAAUAUUUGGAAGAUGGGAACUAUGAUGUGUAUUUAAAGGAUAAUAAGAAGACGAAGGAUGAGAAGGAAACACAUGUGUCAGUGCACAGAAAGGAACUAAUUAAGAUAUAUUCAGACCUUUUGGAAUUGAUUAAACGUAAACAGAAGCAUAUCAACUCACAGUUUGUUAACCCCAAGUUCGAUAUUGCAAGACACAACUUUAAGUGUAUUUGCAAAAAUUCUAUUAAAUUCCAAGACUACCAUUUCAAAUCCGCUUCUCCACCCCCAAGCGAACCUGAACUUAAAGCCAAGCCUUCCGUAAAAAUGCCUGAAGUCGCAGAGGAAAGGCUAACAGUUAAGCAGAAGAGUGUAACUCCGGAAUUAAAUGAGGAUAAUUAUGAAAAGGGAUAUAUAGAAUCGUCAGCGAGAACUGAAGAAACUGAACAAGCUGAAUCCAAAUCUCUUAUAGAUACCUAUUUCGGACUCAAAUCAAAAGAGUACUCGCCUCCCUUGCCUGAAAAGGUAAAGUCAACCAAAUUAGUAGAUAAGAGGGCUAAAGGAGUAACAUUUUCAGCAUUAGAAAGCAUGCAAAAAACGGGAACGUUGCCCGAAAGUGUCCAAAAAAGUGAUUCGUUGGUUGAAAGCAUCCAAAAAGUAGGUUCACUCGCUGAAAGCGUACAAAAAAUGGAGUCAUUGUCUUCAGAAUCUUAUGCAGAGUCAAUGGAACGUAAAGAUACAUAUAAAGUUGAGGACCUGAUGCAAAUGCCUUCGCUGAAUAUUGAAGCUUUACACCCGUCAGAGUCAAUGGAAAGUUCUAUAGAGUCAAUCAAAGUGAGACCGAAACCAAGAGAAAAGAGUGUAAAAGAUGCAAAAACUGUAGAUAAACAAGUUGAACAAAUUGUUCAAAAGGUUGAUCAGGAUGUACAUAAAGAAGUUAUUGAUCUUCAAAAGAGUUCAUUGCUUAAUAACCAGGAGGUAGAAAUGAGGAAUGAUUUGUUACAUUUGUUGGAGAGCGUGGCAGUGUUUUCAGAUUUGCCGAAGGAAAGAUUGCUCGAGUUGAGUUCUCACUUCAAGCUAAGGUCAUUUUUCGCUAACACAAGCAUAAUUCUGGCUGGAGAACACCCCAAGGAGUUUUACAUAGUGGCAUCAGGAACAGUCUCGAGCUAUGUUUAUGAUCCAAGUGACUCUGAGGAUACUUACAGACUCGCCUAUCUUAGUUCAGACUACUUUGGAGAGUCUUUCAUCAUUGAUGAUACGCCAAGUGACGAGUUCUAUAUUGCAGAUACCCACGUCACGCUCCAGGCCAUGAACUCGAAACUAUUUAAAACACUCUUGGCAGACCAAUUUAACGCAUUUAAAUGUAGAUUAACUGAACUUAAGCAUUAUAGCAGUUAUGGAGCACAUAGACUUGGAACAGGUAAAAUUUUAACCACGAGAUUUGGAACCACUAGACUGGGGACUGGGAAAUUUGGAAAUACCAAAUUUGGAACUGUUAGAUUGGGAACUAAAAUCGGAACAAGUGUUAACUUGGAUAGGUUUAUGACAGAUGAAAAGGAAGUCAAAGCGUAUACAGUCUUGGGAAAAGAGCUUCUUGUGUUUAUGAAGAACUUUUACUUCUUUACAAAGUGCGAACAGAUGAAUAAGCUAGCGAAAAAGGUAACGUACCAGGAGUACUGUAACAAGGAGAUUUUAGAAGAAGUGGCAAAGGGUAAUGGGCUGUUUAUGAUAUUCAAGGGCAAAAUCUCUAUGCAAAUCUAUGAACAAAGUAAUAAUAGACAACUUGAACUGCUCUGCUUUGCUCCAAAUUCGUACUUUUUCAAUUUCAAACCCAAAAGUGAAACUGUGUCAAACAUACUUGAUAGGAAAUCUUUGGUUGUCACCGAGAAUGUCAAACUUCUGUAUUUGGCCCAAAAGUAUGUACAAAAGUGUUUGGCGGAUUCCUUACCUCAAAUGACAACUUACCUCGAAAAUCUCUAUAAAUCAAGGUAUAUACAUAUUUCUACUGUUGGAGAUAAGGUUACUAGUACUAGUACCAGCAGUGGUGAUGAGGAUAGUGAGGAUUCAGUACAUGAAGGUGUUCCCGAUAAAAGUGUUUCCUCAUCAGAAGUUUCCGAAUCAUCCGGUGAUGAUGCUGCCAGUUUAUCUGAGUCACCUACCCCCUCAAAGGAUCUGUCAGAUUCACCAGAACCUUCCAAGGAAUCAACUGAAAGUGUCAACUAUAUUGAACCUACACUUGAAGAUAGUGAAAGUAUAAAAGAAUCCACGGAUAGUAUAAAGGAAUCAACUGAAACUGUAAAGGAAUCCACGGAUAGUAUAAAGGAAUCAACUGAAAGUGUAAAGGAUAGUGAAUUAAAUGUUGAAGAUAGUGAUAGUAUAAAAGAAUCAACUGAUAGUAUAAAGGACAGUGAAUCUACACCUGAAGACAGUGAACUAAAUGUUGAGGACAGUGAAUCUACACCUGAAGACAGUGAACAAACAUCUGAUAGUGUUUCAGAAGAUGGUCUUAUUGUUUCAAGGCGUUCAUUUGAAAACGCCAUGGAUGUUUCAAUUCGUGGCUCCACAUAUAGAAGUGAGAAAUUAGAAAGCUCUAGAAGUGGUUCCAUACAUACAAGACAAAAGUUUGAAAGCUCUAGAAGUGGCUCUAUACAUACAAGCGAGAAACUUGAAAGUUCCAGGAGUAGUAAACUGGAUAGCUCAAGAACCUAUUUGACUUCUGAUUCAUCAGUUCUUAACAAAAUUGCUUCAAGGCGCUCGUUCGAGGAUCCUGCUGAUGUUUCGAUUCGAGGUUCUACCUACAGAAGUGAAAAAUUAGAUAGUUCCAGGUCCAGUUCUAGUUUACCUAGCAAGUCUGGCAUUAUGCUUGAUAAUGGACGUAUUGUAUCAAGGCGUUCCUUUGAAGAUCCUGUAGAUGUUUCGAUUCGAGGUUCCACAUUCAGAAGUGAGAAAUUAGAUAGUUCUAGAAGUAGUAGAGUUGAACCCAAGGAAUCAUCAAGAUCAAGUUUAAGCAGUGGUAGAGAACACUUUAUGGAUAAAAUAAUGAGGAAAAUGGAAUCAUAUAAAUCACUAAUAUACUCAUCCGACACCCCAAAAACUACCAGUAAAGAUGUUAGCGCUAGAGAAGUGACUGAUGAUAGCGUUAAAGAAAGUGUAAAGGACGAAUUGGAUUACGAGAUGAUUAGAAGAAAUACAUUGAUGGCAUCACAUGUGUUAAUUUCCGAUACGGAUCUGACUUCAAGAACAUCCUCCAACGAAAAACCAGAAUCGUCAGAACACGUCCUAUCAGAACACUUUACAUCUUCAAGAGUUUCAUCUGGCAGACCGUUGUCCAAAACACUUUCAUCAGAACAAGUUGAACCAGUUGUAAAUAUUAUUGAAUCAGUGGUUGAGAGUUUGGAAACCUUUGAAGAUGAGAAUAGAGAAAGGGAACAGAAUUUGUUUGAUAGUAUAAAGGAAAGUGAUGUCGGGAGCGUAGCAAGCGAUGUUAAGUUCAUAUUUAACCUGCCAAACCUAGAAGGAGAUGAGAGUGUGAGGAAACUGAACCUUGAAAGUCAAGAAGUGAGUGAAAAGUUGGAUAGUUCAAGAGUUGAUGGUAACGAUAACUUUGUUAGUAUAAAAACAUUGCCCAUGUAUAAUAAUUUGAAUAUUGAUUUAAAUAAGGAGCCCGAAGUUAAGUACGUGGAACAUCAUAGUCUAGACGAAGCGGUGGAAGCGUCUGAGAACAUGUUUGAGGAUGAAAUGGAACAAAUGUCAGACAAGAUUGUUCAAAGACAAACCUCGUCAUCGUUUUUGCUAACCUCAAAUUCUAUCAAUUAUGGAGAUGCAUCAGCAGAAAAAAUUGCAAGAUUGGAAGCACUUGAUAAGUUAAUAAGUAAAAAUUAUCCCACUGUCCAAGAUUCUAUUAACACCGUAGUUGAAGUUAUACGCUUAAGGUCCCUUAAUACCCAUUCUUCAAUUACACCACCAGUUCUAACACCGUCAGUUCACUCCCUUUAUAAUGACUUGGAACUGGAAAAUGGGGAUCAAUUAAAGAAGGAUAUACCGGAGGAAAAGGCUGAGAAAUUGGAUGAGUUAGGUUCAAAGUCUCCUUCACUUGACAUUAGUGAGAUUCCAAAUCUUAAAAAAAUAUUGUCAAAAGUGCACGAAAUGUAUGUUGGCCAGGAAGAGCAAGAACAAUCAGUGAGUGGAUCCAAGUUCUCCUCGAUAGACGACGUUUAUAUCCACCUGAACAAUAUCGAGAAAUUGUACUCUAAAUCAUACAGUACUGAGAUGAAUGCCUUAGGACCCCAAGUAGAUAAUGUUCCUAAGCCACAGGCUGAUGUUGUUGAAGGUGUUAAAAUGGAAACUAUGGACAGCGUGUAUGGACUUGAUAGUAUGUAUAAAUCUAGUGAUGAUGUUAUGAUUGAAAAGGUUUCUGAAGAGACUAAAUUGGAAGAUGCUAAGCCACAAGUUGAUGUUGAUGAAAGUGUUAAAAUGGGAAGUAUGGAUAGUGUGUAUGGGUUGGAUAGCAUGUAUAAAUCUAGUGAUAGCAUGUUUGAAUUGGAGACGCUCUAUAAACAAACUUCUAAUGUGCUUAACAAGUCACUUUCAGAUGAAAUUUAUGACACUGACCAGGACGAAGUUCUAGAGCAAACUGAGCCCCAAGAUACGUUACUUACUACCAUCUCUAAAUCAUUCAAUACAAUAACUCAGGAAUUCACAGUAGACAACAUAACCAAGAAAUUGUCAAUAGACGAUAUAACUGAUAAAUUCACCCUGGAUAAUAUAACAGAAGGAAUGUCAAUUGAUGGUAUAGCUGAGAAACUAUCUGUUGAUGGAAUAACUGAGAAAUUCGAGGGAAUAACACUGGAUAAUUUGAGUAGGGAAAUAAGUAACAUUGGUGAAGAAAUUUCAGGAAUGUUGUCAUCUAAAUCAACUCUGAAAAGCGGUUCGGAUGCUGCGGAAAUUGCAGGAGUUGAAGAAGCUGAGGAAGAGCAGGGGACCAGUGUGUUUGAAUCCUCAAAAUUAAUGAUCAGUAGCAUUUUUGACAAUAUUACAAUAUAUCCCUCAAAAACAAUGACACCAACUGAAUCAUCAGAACAAACACAAUUGGAACCAAAAGAAGAGCAAGAGGAGGAAAAAGAUGAAGGAUAUGGUGAAGUGGAGUUGAGUGAGAAUAAUGUAUUUAUUGACAAGUAUAAUUUGGUGAGGAGAAUAAGUUUGGAUUCGUCAUCAUAUGUCAGUUCGACAAGUAGUACUGAGAGAACGACGUCAGAUACAGGGGGUCAACAACUUGAAAAUUCCUCUGGGGAAUACACACAACCGAACCAAACAAUUGAAUACAGCGAUGGUUCCAGCCUUUUGAACUUCCCUGCUGGUCAGAUUCUUGAAUCCAUGGAUAGUGUUAGUUUGGAUAUGGAUAAUAGUUUAGAGGAAACUAGUGUAGAUAAUAGUGCCAGUUUAGAUACUAGUGUGAUGGAUACUAGUGUGGUGGAUAUGGAUAAUAGUCCUAAGGAUAGUGGUGAUGCGAGUUAUUUAACGAGUGAUAAAGGGUUGCAUUCUAGUGUUGAGUCUUUUGGAACCGAUGCUUACUCCGAGUCAUUCCACUCAUCAGAUUCCUCAGACUCCGUAACAAUGGACAAUAGCGUUGUUUUGGAUAACAGUGUAACUGUCGACAAUAGUGUUACGAUAAAGGAAAGCCAGGAAUCAAGUGAUUAUUCAGAGUCUGAACUGACAAGUUCGUCAACCAUUAGAAGUGAGGUUGAAAAGGUUACAAAUACCACUAGUGUAAGUGAGGACAAUAGAUCUCUGUGCUCAUCACUAAAUACCACUACGGACACUUCAACGACUAGCGUCCAUUCAUCAGAUCGCUCAACAAUAACCGAUAGCUCUGCAAAUACCAGUUUGACCGAGAGUGUGAGCGUAAGUGAUUCAGUUGACACGAGUCUAACUGAAAGUUUUAGCAGUAGAAGAACUAGUAUGGAUAGUGAUUUCCAAGACUCUACUGACAUUAAUAACGCAUCACCAUUCUCGGGAUUAUCCGACAAUUCCUCCAUUGUUUAUAGUAAACAGUUUUCUGACUUUAAUGAAUCACAGUCAGACCAACAAGAAUUGGAACAAGAUGAAGAACUAAAUGAAGAAGAGGAGGAAGAUUAUGAGGAACAAAAAUAUGAAGAUGAAGAAAUGGAGGAAGAGUAUGCAGAAACAGAUGAAACAGUGGGUUCAUAUGAAGAAGAGGAAGAAGAAUACGAUGAGGAGAUGAUCUUGAACAUAAAGAAUUUGUUUAUUUCAACGUUGAAGAAUAAGUACAAGUCAAUAGGGGCUUCGUUUAAUGCAAUGGACCUCGAGUGUACCGGAAUGGUAACAUGUGAAGUGUUUUUGAGUUUCAUCGAGAAGUUGGGAAUUGGAGCAAUAGACCACAGAGAACAGAACCUGAUGUUUGAGCUGUUGAAAGAAGAUAAUAAGGAUUACAUAACUGUCGCUUCGUUUUAUAGGUUCAGUGGGGAGUGCGUGACGACAUUGGCGGAGUUGAACCAGCACUUUAUAUCUAUUUUUGGAAGCAGUAGAAUGGCAUUUGAACGUUUUUUCACAACACUCACCAAGGCAACGAUGUGCUCCAGAGUCGAUUUUGAGUACAUAUUGACUCAAGUUGGAAUACCUGAAAAGGACGCAAAUGUACUGUUUGACGCUUUGGAUGUCUGCGAAAAUGAUUCAGUCUCAGUUUUCACAAUCCUAAAGAUUUUGGUCGGGGAUUGGGACAGAGAAACUGCCUUAGAGUAUGAGGAAAAGAUUAACACUAAUUUCAACAGACUAUUGACAUAUCUCACGCCUGAAGCUGAUAACUUUAACAGCGAAUUCACAAGAACACUCUCAAGUCAGUUUUUCGAUCAGGGAUUAGACUGCUCAUUAGUAAAUGACUCAUACGAGGAGUUUUAUAUUGAUAGAGAACUCUUUUACUUUGAUGAACUGUACUCGUUGAUUUCCUCUAGACCAGAAUUUAGCCAAGUGUCUCUGCCACAAAAGAGGUUUAUCAUUUCACUCUUCAACAUUAUCACGUUUGGACCGAGUGCAGCAAGCUCAGAUUCAGAGGAGGAUUCCAACCCAUCAGAACAAUGUAGUGAGGAAGAUAAGAUGGAACAAGUAGAUUUGAUAUGUAGUAAUGAAUAUGAUGUGCCAUUGAUAGCGUUGAUAAGUGGAACUGCGGAUGUGAGUUUUGAGGGUAUAACGUACCCGAAACACGUUAAAUUUACCGGCCCAUCGUUCCCAAAUUACGAGCAGUUUAUACAGUCGGCACAAGUUUAUACAACGCCAGAACCUAUCCCAACUAAUAAAACACCCUGUAACUAUAACAUCACAGUUUCAAACUCCCAAAGUAAAUCACAAGGAAGAGAAAAUGUGGUUGGAAUAAUGCCAUUAACGAGUUUCAUAUAUAAUGUGGUGCCUUUGUUAAAUGAAAGAAGUAGAAGACUUCCCGUCAUGUUACAGUUUUUGAAAACUGUUCCCAGUUUCAGUGUGUAUACUGACGAGGAGCUGGAUAACAUAGUGGUCGCUUGUACUGUUAGGCAGUUUAAGCUUCACGAGACUGUGAUUAAGACUGGUGAAGUUCCGACUCACUUUUACCUGAUAUUCAAUGGCUCAGUGACUAUCACAAACGAGUUCAACUUCCAAUUCAAGACUGUCUCCAAGGGUAACUUCUUCUCCACAUUCGACAUUGUCAAUAACCAACUCAACACGUUUACAGUCUAUGCCAAUUGCACCUUGGUCCUUCUCAGCUGGGAGCGAAGCGAGUUCUUCAGAGUGUUUACCAAGUAUGCAACACUCCUCGAUAACGACUCUUGCAACAUGGAUGACUUCCAGAACCAAAUUUCUCAAAAAAGCAUUGAUAAAAAAGUCUCAUUUGCCGAGACUCCUUAA